ACCCCAGUUCACAAACCCGUCUUCUUCUUUUCUGGUAUUUUUCCUUUUUUACAGACCUUAAUUUCUUUCCUAAUUUCUUUCUUCUGCUUCUUCUUCUUCUUCUCUGUUGUCUUUAUUCUUGCUUUAAAUUUUAGCUUGUGUGAGUCGUGACUUAUUGACCUGUAAAUGAAUUGGAUUUCAUCUUUGAUUUAAUUUCAGCUAUUGCAUAUGACUUAUGAAUCUGUAGCAAAUAGGAAUUUAUUUUUUCUUUGCUGACUGUUCUUUCUUUGCUGACUGCUGUAAGUAUGGAUUUUUUUUCUUUUCUUUUUAUGUCUAGGGAAUUAGACAUGUCAUUGUCUACAUCAGUUGCUAGUUGUACUCCUCAAUUCGAACAAGAUGAUAACAAACCACUUUGGAACUAUGUCACACAAUUAGAAAAAAUUGGUGGUGGAGGAGGAAAUUUUUUAUUCAAAUGCCACUUUUGUAAUAACGAAUUCAGGGGGUCUUAUACAAGAGUUAAAGCCCACUUGUUGCAGAACACUGGUAUGGGUAUUCGUAUAUGUCCAAAAGUCACAUAUCAGAAUAUUGCAGAAAUGCAAAAAGCAAUUGAAGAAGCCGAAUUGAGAAUUAAAAAUUCUAAACCAAAAAAAGUUCCUUUGCCGCCGUCUAGUGCAUCAUUGGGUGGUACUACUAGUCUCACUCAGGAGGCUUAUGUACCAAAGAAAAGAAAGGCAAGUGGGGGUGCCAUUGGGAAGGCAUUUAAUAAUGAGGCUCGGGAACAAUUGCACUCAGAGAUUGCUAGGAUGUUUUAUUCCGCAGGAUUGCCGUUUCAUCUAGCAAGAAACCCGUAUUAUGUGAGUUCAUACAACUAUGCUGCAAAUAAUCCUCUGUCAGGUUAUUUGCCUCCGGGUUAUAAUCUAUUGAGAACCACUCUACUUCAAAAAGAAAAGGCAAAUAUUGAUAGAUUAUUGCAACCAAUUAGGAGUACAUGGAAGGCAAAGGGUGUUAGCAUUGCAAGUGAUGGUUGGAGUGAUCCACAAAGGCGGCCUUUAAUUAAUUUUAUGGCUAUGACAGAAGGAGGUCCCAUGUUUUUGAAAGCUGUUGAUUGUUCCGGUGGAAUUAAAGACAAGUUUUUCAUUUCCAAUUUGUUGAAGGAAGUCAUAAAUGAGGUUGGCCCCCAAAAUGUGAUCCAAGUAAUUACAGACAAUGCCCCAAAUUGCAAGGCUGCUGGACAACUAAUUGAAGGGCAAUUCCCUCACAUUGUUUGGACACCUUGUGUGGUCCAUACUCUUAAUCUUGCCCUCAAAAAUAUUUGUGCUGCAAAAAAUGUGGAAAAGAAUGAAAUUGCAUAUGCAGAGUGUGGUUGGAUUCUUGAUUAUGCUGAUGAGGUUACAAUAAUAAAGAAUUUCAUCAUGAACCAUUCAAUGAGAUUAGCUAUUUUCAAUGAGUUUGUCAGCUUGAAGUUGCUUUCAGUUGCAGAGACACGCUUUGCUUCUGUUAUUGUGAUGAUGAAAAGAUUUAAACUUAUAAAAGGUGGUCUCCAAGCAAUGGUCAUAAGUGACAAGUGGACUUGCUAUAAGGAGGAUGAUGUAGGAAAGGCCGAUUAUGUGAGAGAGAAGCUGUUGGAUGAACAAUGGUGGGGAAAGAUUGAUUAUAUCCUUUCCUUUACUUCACCUAUUUAUGACAUGCUAAGGGCUUGUGAUACCGAUAAGCCUUGUCUUCACUUAGUUUAUGAUAUGUGGGAUACAAUGAUUGAAAAAGUGAAGAUGGCAAUAUAUAGGUAUGAAAGAAAGCGACAAAGUGAAAGUUCUUCCUUUUAUGAAGUGGUGCAUGGGAUACUUGUAGCUCGUUGGAACAAGAACAAUACUCCGCUUCAUUGCUUGGCACAUUCACUAAAUCCAAGGUACUAUAGUGAUGUGUGGCUUAGUGAAGACCAAAGUCGAGUUCCACCACACAAGGAUUUAGAGGUCUCAAGAGAGAGAACAAGGUGCCUUAAAAAAUACUUUAGUGACCCACAAGAGCGUUCAAAAGUCCAAUUGGAGUAUGCUAAUUUUUCAUCAAACUCGGGGGAAUUUGGGGAGAGUGAUUCUAUAUGUGAUAGAUAUACCAUGGAUCCUAAAAGUUGGUGGGUUGUACAUGGUUCAUAUGGUCCCUUGCUUCAAGAGUUAGCUUUGAAGUUGCUUGUCCAGCCUUCUUCCUCCUCAUGUUGUGAGAGGAACUGGAGUACUUAUUCUUUUAUUCACUAAUUGAGAAGGAACAAGAUGGCGCCACAACGGGCUGAAGAUUUGGUUUUCAUUCAUAGUAAUCUCCGUCUUCUGUCAAGGAGAACCCCACAGUACAAUGAAGGACGAACUAAGAUGUGGGAUAUUGCAGGAGAUGCAUUUGAUUCAUUUGGUGAUGUUGGGGUGCUUGAGGUUGCAAACCUCUCACUUGAUGAGCCAGAAUUAGAGGCGGUAUUAUUUACCGAUGAUGGAAGUGUUAAUGAUGAUGAGAUUCAUGAGACAAUUGAUGAUGAACAACAAUAGAUGAAUGCUGAUAUGUUCUUUUUUUUUUUUGUUUUGGACUACCCUUUUGGUAUUGUAAAUGGUAAAGUCCUAGGUCAAAUGAUGGAUGGGAAUAGAUGAUAGUACACUGACUUGUUUUUGUAUCUUUUUUGGGACUAGCCUUUAGGUUUUUGUGAAUGUUAAGUGCUAACAGUACAGUCCUGAAUGUUAAACAAUCAUGAAUGUUAAUAGUCCUUUCAGUCUAUGCUUUUGUAUUUGGAGUAAAGUUGCAAUGAUGAUUAAAUGAUACUAGUUAUUAUUCUAAUAUCUUGUUUUUUAUUUGGUUUUAUAACUCUGCAACAUUGUUCUUUUAUAGUUUAUUAGUUAUAAGUUAUGAUUUGUAUAUAUUUUCCAUUGUGAGGUUGAUGAAAAAUAGUAACACUCGGUAAUUUUUAAAGUACUACAUCAUAUAUAUAUAUAUACACUAUUCGCCGUGUCCGUGUCCUAAUUUUUUUGGAUUUGCCGUGUCGCCGUGUCCGUGUCGUGUCGUAUCCGUGUCCCGUAUCCGUGUCCGUGCUUCUUAGCGUGUCGGUGCUUCACAGGCGCUAGCUAUUACUUCAUUGGCCACACUUCAAAACUAAUUUGGUGAUAGUUUAUAAAAGUUUUGUUUGUGAAUCUUGCUCCAAAAAUAAAAUCGGGGGUGCUAUUUAUUACUUAAUUGGCCACACUUUGGGGCGGUCGUUAUUCCUUAGCUGGCCACACUUUGAAACUAGUUUGAUGAAAGUUUAAAUAAGUUUUUGUUUGUGAAUCUUGCUCCAAAAAUUAUCUCCCAAUUUUUAAUUUUUUUUCCAUAUUUUCUUCAAAUUAUUAAGUUAUUUUUAUUAGUAUAAACAUGUAAAACACACGCACACACACACACACACACGUUAUGUGUGUAUUAAUUUUUUAGUUUUUUUAGAAGUUUGUUUGUAAUUUUAACUAUUUUUUUUUUAUUAAUUUAAUUUCUUUGUGUAAUAAUUAUGAUGAAUUAGAAUAGUGAUAUGUCUUGCACUUUAUAUUAGGUAAACAUCUCAUUAAAUGAUUUAGCUCUGUGAGAAAAUGAGUAACCAUCUGACCGAUUUAUCUCAAGAACAGAAGUUCUCAUCCAGCAGGAGGGCAUGGUGCACUUGAGGGAUGCUCUAGGGGAUUCAACAAAAUCCACAAUAAAAUAUUAGAAACUCAUUUACUGGAUUUUGGAGUUAAAAGUUGUGUAUCGAUAUGUUUUAGGCUAAGGUGUAUGGCAAUACAAGCUUAAAAAAAUUGCAAACACCAUGGUUUAUUUGUUAUGUAACUCCCAUAACACCCACGUCUGUUAAACCCCAAAGCAUGCAAAAGGGUUCUGUUAGCCUAAAGUCAAUGCUUUGGAGAGGCAGGCCCAUACAUUAGAAGGGGUGAAUACACUUUCCGUAAAACAGUUAUAAACCCAUUUGGACAUGAUCUUGGUGGUUUUGGACUUGUUUGCAUAAACUAGAUGAGAUAGCAGCUAAUAAAUGUUUCCAAGUGCCCUUCCCUUCGCGUAGCAUCUUGAUUUGAAUUUUUUGAAAACAUUUGUGAUUUUUGUAACAUAGGCGCAAUUGGUUUAGAGGUAAAAUUGUGAAAAAUUGGAUAUACACACCCUAUCCGUGUAGAUAUUGUCCCGCUUUGCACACUCUCCAUGCUCAUGGUUUUCAAAACGUGUCUACAUAGUUAGGAAGUGUCCACACAUGUGAGUGCCAACAACCACUCUCCCCAAGUGAUGUGUGGGACGUUACAAUCACCCCCUCUUGGGACCCAACAUCCUCGCUGGCCUGAUCCACAUGGGCUUGUGAAAGCUACCCCCAUUUCUAGCUGGGGAUUGGCUCUGAUACCUUUUGUCACGACUCACCCUAUCCAUGUAGAUAUUGUCCGCUUUGUGUACUUUCCGUGCUCACGGUUUUCAAUACGCGUUUACACAAUUAGGAGGCGUCCGCACAUAUAAGUGCCAACAACCACUCUCCCUAGACGAUGUGGGAUGAUACAAAAGUUGUCAUAAGAAAAAUUGCCACAUGCAUGUCUUAUACCAUUUCAUCUUGAUUCUUCUUUGCUUUCCUCACCUCAAGAUGCCUGGAUGACUGAGUUUGACUUGCCUAGCACACAUAACAUGAGUUUCUAUCUUUCUGCAACCAAUCUUUAUAUUAGUCAUCGAUUUAUUCUUUUCUUACACCUUAAUCUAUUUAAAAAAUAUAAAAAUCAAUGUUAUGGGAACGUAAAAGGUCUUUCGUGACUCUAAAAGCUUUUCAUCUUUUGACAAAGAUAUUCUGGUAUUUAAAAACCACAUGAUCCAUGCUAUGAAACUUUUGCUGCUUGUUCCGCAUGGAAUUUUUGUGCUGUAUUUAGUGAUCUUUGUGCAAGAAAUUUGGUUGUAAGGUUACUGAAAAUUCUUGACAUGGGCUUUAUCUUUUCUCCAAUUUUCCUCUUCUUUCAAGCAUGGAUACAGAAGAAACUUCAAAUUAGUUACUGCUUUAUAGUUGUGAGACUUUUAUCAGCUUCUUUGUUAAAAUACAGAAGAAACUGCAAAUUAGUUACUGCUUUGUCAUUUUGCCUC